CUUGGCACAGCAUCAGCGACAGCCUCGAGAAUUGGUCAGCGCUGAGUCCGAAGGUGUGUCGAUGCGGCUCUUACGGUCUCACUUGUCAUAACCUUCUGGGUCUUCUCUCAGUCCAGCCCAGAAUGUCGCGAGGAAGGCAAAACUCUCCUCUCUCUUUCCCUCCUCCGGAGAGCAUCGCUCAGACCGCGAACACUGCUUCCGAGCCCUUCCAAGUUCAAGAGUGCUCUCAAUAACAUCGUGCUCGCACAAGGAUACUUAAGUAUUAUCCCCUAUUCACUACCAUGGCGGACGUCUACACUCCGCCCCCGGACUCGUCCUACCUCCUGGUGACGCCCUUCACGAUGCCGAGCGACCGAGGAGACCGGUGGGCCGUGUCCUUCACGGGGAACAGCUCGGCGCUCGUGGCGGCGGCGCUGUCCGUCAUGGUGACCGUGUCGUUCCUCUGUCUCUGGAACUUCAUCUCGUUCGUGGCCGUGCUCUCGGUCCGCGCCGAAACGCGCCACCGCUACGUCGCCGUGGUCACGCUGUGGAACUCCAAUGACCCCUGGUUCGCUUUCAAGGAGCUGCUGCACUACACCUACCGGCACUACCAGACCUUCCGGUCCCAGGGCGACAAGCGGUGGGACGACUUCCGCUACGGCCUCGUCUUCUGCCUCCUGGCGUUCGCCGUGUUCGGGUCGAGCAUCGCCAUGGGCAUCGUCGCGCCGUCGCUGGUGCAGAUCGGCAACGUGGCGCCGGUGCGGCCGAGCACCGUCUUCUACCCGGCCACGCCCGCGCCCGAGGACAGCGCGCAGGAGCUGCACGACUUCGGGCUGCGCGCGCCGUCGGUCAUGCGCGCCCUGGGCAGCGUCGAGGCGGCGCAGGUCACGCUGCGCCAGCGGGUCUCCAUCACGCAGAACCAGGACUACGCGCCACUGCCGGACGGCGACCGCAACGUCAGCCUCGAUUACCGGUACUCCCUCUCGGGCGUGGAGCUGGGCAUCUUCGGGGGGUCCGACCUCCGCCUCACGGUGGAGGGCCACUGCUUCACCGAGUACAGCUGGAGCAGGCCCGCACCACCCGACGGCAGCGACCCGGACGCGGCCGACUGGUACCGCCUCUGGAACGAGCCCGGCACGGACGACGACCAAUGGACCCAGUGGGUCCUGCUCAAUCAGUUCGACACGGCGCACGCGCCCUCGGCCAGCUUCAUCAACCACCCGAACGGGGCCGAGCAACUCGCAGGCGGCGUCGACAUGCUGUAUGCCGUGCUGGUACACGCGGCCUGGCGCUCCAGCAUCACCAUCGGCGGGGACCCGUGGUACGCGACAGAAUCCCGCCCGGCCAACGACCCGCCGGCACCCUACAACGCGGCGUUCCGAAUGAAGCGGCGCCGGCCCGUGCUCUCCUGCGGCGAGCGGAACAGCUGGACCUACGCGGGCCACGCCGUCACCUCGGUGCUCGACCUGAAGACCACGCCGGGGAUGAAGAUCCCCACGGUGCUGCUCGACAUCCUCGAGACCACCCUCGGCGGCGGGCCGAUGGUGGUGCGGCUGGGCAACGCCAGCGGCGACUCGGCGCUGCGCUCGCGCACGACCAGCCCCAACGGCGUCAUCGACGCCGGCGCGUCCAGCAUGUUCGCCGACAUGGAGCGCCUGAUCCUGGCCAGCUACGUGGCCACGCGCAGCCUGUUCACCGACGCCGUCAUGUUCGGUGGCGGCGCCGACUAUGCGAAUGUUGUCGAGGGCGCUGACGGCCAGCCCCGCGAAGGGGCCGGCCACUUCGUGGUCUCGAGCCCGGACAUCCAGACCUUCUCUUUGACGGGGAUCGUGACGCUUGCUGUCAUCCUGCUGGUGCUGAUCCUGCUGAAUGCUUUGACCUGGCUUCUUCUGCAUUUUCACCACCAGUCCGAGAACAAUACCGGUACAAAUAUUACCACAGAGGCUCAGCAGACUGAGGCUGAGGCUGCUGCUGUCAAGGGUCCCAAGCCGGGCAUGUUCGGUCUCAGAAAGAAGACUCGUGAUAUCCGCGCAGAGAAUAAGCACAAGUGGACCCGCUUCCACGUCCUGGCCGCCGCCCAGCUCUUCCGCUGCGUGUAUGAGCCGGAGACGGGGCCGCCGCCACGCGAGGUGUGGAGCUGCAGUAGCGUUGACACGAACCACUAUGAGAAUGGCAGUGGGAAGCUUGUCGUGCGCACCUGCGGUGAGGCGAAGUGUAUGGGGCAUAUCGGCAAGGUUUGAAGUGAGAGUGUCGUCGCAGGGACGGGGGAUGGCAAAUGAGCUGUGAACUUUGAAAGGUCUUGUUGGAGGGGAACUUGCGUCGAUGCUGCAGUUGUUGGAGGCUGCCAGUGGGGGAUACUAGUACUAAUGUUCUGUCUGUUCUGGUGGAUGGCGAGAGCGAACCGAACCCUCCCAGGGCGAUGCCCUCUAAGCCUAGGGUCGUGGUUGUGGAAUGUUUGCCAGUCCUUUUUCUUUUUCUUGAGUAGCUUCCUGUCU